AUCUUCACAUCAAGCAUUUGGCCCUUCCUCUUGACAAAAGACACUACCAAAGGUUUCUACGAGAGGAACUACUUUUUUGGGAAAGAGCAUCGGUUUACUUUCCAAGACAUGGACGAGAAUAGAAAGAGAGAUGGAAAGCAUCAUCUUGUCCUCGUUCCAUGUCCUCUGCAAGGGCACUUGAACCCGAUGCUCAAUCUAGCCAGCAUUUUCCGCUCCAAGGGUUUCGCGAUAACCCUAGUUCUCGUGCAGUCGGCCUCUCCUCUCGUCGCAACUUCUCGGGUAUCCGAUGACUUCUUCCUUGAAUCACUGGGUGGGUCUGCCGACGACAUCUCGGAUGCUCGCGGCUUGGAUCUCAUGCGCUUUCUGAAUGAGGUCAACUCGAAGUGUAAAUUGCCGUUUCGAGAUUGCUUAACGCGACUGCGGAUGAAUCGGCUGAGAGAUUGUAAGCUGUGCGUCGUCCAUGAUGCCAUCAUGUAUUUUUCGGGAGAAGUCGGUGACGAAAUGGAGAUCCCUAGAGUGGUCCUGAGGACCAGUACUGCAGCUAAUUUUCUUGGCCUUUCAAUGCUCAAUCAGAAGGCCUGCCUUCCAGCUCAAGAAGACGGAGCAGAAAAGGCCAUCCAAGAACUGAUCCCAUCAAUAAGAGCGAGGGACAUGCCGGUCUUUGACAAGUUCUGCCCAGAAACCACAGAGCGAGUCCUUGCCCAGAUCCAUGAAUCCACAAGCACAGCCUCAGGAAUCAUAUGGAACACUCUGCACACUCUUGAGCAGACCCUCCUCCACCGCAUCCAGUCCUCUCCCUCCCCUCCCAUCUUCCCCAUUGGCCCUCUCCACAAGUACCAAACCCAUGACCCUCAUCAUCAUCAUCGCUCUCUCUUCACCACCGAGACUAGUGCUCAUCAUGAGGAAGAUCGAAUCAAGUGCAUGUCCUUCCUGGACACCCACCCCCCGGGCUCGGUCGUCUACGUGAGCACUGGGAGCCUCGUCAGGCUGAGCCGGUCCGAGCUGGCCGAGAUUGCCUGGGGCCUAGCCAACUGUGGCCAGCCCUUCCUGUGGGUGGUUGGGCCGAGCUCGGAGCACAACGAUGACAUCGCACAGCUCAUCCCUAGCGGGGAAGGGGUGUUGGGCGCUGCCACACAUUGUGAUCAUCGUGCUCCGUCGAAGCGGGGGCUCGCGGUCGCAUGGGCCCCGCAGAAGGAAGUAUUGGCACACAAGUCAGUUGGGUGCUUUUGGACACACAACGGGUGGAACUCGACCCUGGAGAGCAUGACUGAGGGGGUGCCAAUGCUGUGCUGGCCUAGGGUUGGGGACCAGAGGAUCAUCGCCGGGUUUGUGAGCCGGGUCUGGAGGGUCGGCUUGGAGUUGGAGUGCGAUGGCGAUGGCGGGUUGGAGAGAGAGAGGAUUUCAAGGGCCAUCGAGAGGGUGAUGGUGGGGGAGGAAGGGAGGGAGAUCAAGAAGAGGGCGUUGGAGAUGAAGGAGAUGGUGGAGCUUGCUUUGAGCGAUGGCGGCUGCUCUUCUCAGUUCCUAGGCAAGCUGGUGGAUUUUAUCCACCUCCUCUAAUGUAAUCAAAGCAUAUGUGUCCUCAAUUACGAACUGAAAGAGUUGAAUUUUGCAAGGGAUAGGCAGCGACAACGUGUGGUUUUGGAGCUGCGGAGCUUAUUUACCGUCAUCGCUCGGAAAAUAGAUCAGAAAUUCCCAUACACGACGGUCGUGUUGUGUCUGUCAUCCGUGCAUAAUACAAUUUUUCGGUGCAAACAGAUAUCAAAAUAGAUGAUGUUGGUCCAUAUGAUCCAUCAGACUAUGUAAUAAUUUUUUGUUGUUACAAUACUAUUAUGUACCUUGGCGUGUU